AUGGCCUCCAACGUCGGGCCGGUGCCGCUGCCGCGGCGCCUCGAAGCCCUUGGCUCGACACCAGGCCCGCGAUGCGGUCACGUCCUCACCGCAGUGAUGGGCCCCGGAGGCGAUCUCACGACGGCGAAGCUCGUGCUCUUCGGCGGCGCGACCGCUCUCGAGGGCUCGGCGCGCGGCGACGCGGCGUCCCCGGCCACCCCGGGCCCCAACAGUGCGGGAGCGGGCAUCCGGCUGGCGGGCGCGACGAACGACAUCCACAUCUUCGACGUCGCCACCGGCGAGUGGACCAAGGUCACGCCCGACGGCGAGGCCCCCUCCGCGCGCGCAGCCCACGCCGCUGCUGCCGUGGGCAACAUGGUCGUCGUCCAGGGCGGCAUCGGUCCGCACGGGCUCGCGGACAACGACCUGCACGUGCUCGACUUCAGCACGCCGAGCAGGCCCAAGUGGCACCGCGUGGUCGUGCAGGGCCCCGCGCCCGGCCCGCGCUACGCGCACACGCUGAGUCUCGUGCUCAACCGCUUCCUCGUCAUCAUGGGCGGCAACGACGGGCGGUCGACGCUCUCCGACUGCUGGGCGCUCGACACGAGCGAGAAGCCCUACCAGUGGCAGAAGGUCGCCGUGCCGGACAAGCAGCCCGCGGGGAGGAUGUAUGCCGCCGCUGUGCCGAGACAGGACGGCCUGAUGCUCCUGUGCGGCGGCCGCGACGCCUCGGGCGUGCCCCUCGGCGACGCGUACGGCCUGUCCCGGCACCGCGACGGGCGGUGGGAGUGGGCCGAGGCCCCCGCGCAGAUGCCCGCGGGGCGGUACCAGCACGCGGCGGUCUUCGUCGACGGCCGGCUGCACGUCGUCGGCGGCGCGGUCGGCGGCGGGCGCAUGGUCGACGCGGCGUCGUCGGCGCUGGUGUUUGACAGCCGGGUAGGGGUGUGGCAGGCGCACGACGCCGGCGCGGACGAGCUCAUCGACCUCACGCGGCGGUGUCGGCACGCAGUCGCCGCGGUCGGGCCGCUCGUGUUCGUGUACGGCGGCCUGCGCGGCAGCACGCUGCUCGAGGACCUGCUCGUGGCCGACGACUCCGCGGGGAUGGACCCCAUCGUGCGCGAACUGCGCGCGAAGAGCGACCUCUGGGGGCGGUUCCUCGCGGACGGGACGGCGGGGUCGGCGGUGCUGCAGGACUUCGCGGCGGAGGAGGCGGCGCGCGUGUGGCAGGUGCAGUCCGAGUCGUCCGGCGGGCCGCAGGGCAGCGGCGGGCGCGGGUCGGCGAGCGCGGGGCGCCGCGGGACGCCGGCGGGGCGCGCGGGGCGGGGGAACGACCACGGGCUGCCGCCCAUGACGCCCGACGUCCGGCUGUACCACCGCGCGGCCGUCGUGGCGCACCAGCCCGACAUGCGCGGCCUCAUCCGCGACCUCAGCAUCGACGCCUUCCACCACGAAGGCAGGAAGGCCGCGGCGCCCGGGGCCGCCGUGGAGAUCCGGACGCCGCAGGGUGUGGCGGGAGGGGCGAAGAACUUCAACGACGCGGACAACGCGGUGCACCGGCGCGUGAUCGACGGGCUGCUGCGGCCGCGCGAGUGGGCGCCCACGGACGGCUUCCUGCUGUCCUGGGAAGACAUCGAGGAUCUGUGCAACCGCGCAGAGGACAUCUUCAAACAGGAGCCGACGGUGCUGCGGCUGGACGGGCCGGUGAAGAUCUUCGGCGACCUGCACGGGCAGUUCGGGGACCUGAUGCGCCUGUUCGAGGAGUACGGGGCGCCCUCGAUGACGGGCGACAUCGCCUACAUCGACUACCUCUUCCUGGGGGACUACGUCGACCGCGGACGACACUCCCUCGAAACAGUCUGCCUCCUCCUCGCCCUCAAGGUGGAGCACCCGGACCACGUGCACCUGAUCCGCGGCAACCACGAGGACGAGGACAUCAACUCGCUGUUUGGUUUCCGCGACGAGUGCAUGGACCGCCUGGGGUCGACCCCGGGCAUCCAGGCGUGGAAGCGGUUCAACGACCUGUUCAACUGGCUCCCGCUCGCCGCCGUGGUCGCGGGGCGCAUCUGCUGCAUGCACGGCGGCAUCGGGCGCGUCAUUGAGACCAUGGAGCAGAUCGAGGAGAUCCCGCGGCCCAUCUCGCUCAAGGACGCCAACCAGGUGUACACCGACCUCCUCUGGUCUGACCCGACGACGAACGACGCAGUCGAGGGCGUGCAGCCGUCCCCGCGCGGCCCGGGUCUGGUGUGUUUCGGCCCGGACCGCGUCACGGAGUUCUGCAACCGCAACAACCUGCAGAUGAUCAUCCGCGCCCACGAGUGCGUUAUGGACGGGUUCGAACGGUUCGCAGCGGGGCGCCUCAUCACGCUCUUCAGCGCCACGAACUACUGCGGCACGGCCAACAACGCAGGUGCGAUCCUCGUCCUGGGGCGCGGCAACGUGAUGGUGCCGAAGCUCAUCCACCCGCUGCCACCAGGGGCCAAGAUGCUCACGUCGCCGGACGACGAGUUCCACGCAUACGGCGUGUCGGACGCCGACACGUGGAUGCAAGACAUCAACGACCAGCGGCCGCCGUCGCCGCCGCGCGGCCGGGCGCUGGGGGGCUCGGGAGGCAUGAGCACGUUCUAG